AUGGCGGGUCUGGAGCUGCUUUCCGAUCAGGGGUUCCGGCAGGACGGGAGGAGGCCCGUGGAGCUCCGGAAGAUCCAGUGCCGGAUGGGGGUUUUCGAUCAGGCGGACGGAUCGGCCUACGUAGAGCAGGGGAACACCAAGGCGCUGGCCACCGUGUACGGGCCGCAUGAGAUCCGCGGCUCUCGCAGUAAGACCCUCCAUGACCGGGCGGUGGUGAACUGCCAGUACAGCAUGGCCACCUUCAGCACGGCGGAGAGGAAGCGCCGCCCCCCACGGGGACCGCAAGUCCACCGAGAUGACCAUACACCUGAAGCAAACCUUCGAGGCGGCCAUCCUCACCCAGCAGUACCCCCGCGCUCUCAGAUCGACAUCUACGUACAGAUCCUCCAGGCGGACGGCGGGAAUUACUGCACCUCGGUGAACGCGGCCACUCUGGCGUUGAUUGAUGCCGGCAUCCCCAUGAGAGACUACGUGUGCGCGUGUUCAGCCGGGUUCAUUGAGGACACGCCAUUGGUGGACUUGAGUUACAUCGAGGAGGCGGCCGGAGGCGCUCAGCUGGCGUUGGCUUUAUUGCCGAAAUCCGAUAGGAUAGCUCUGCUGGAAAUGAACUCGCGGCUCCACGAAGAUCACUUGGAGCGCGUCAUGGAUGCGGCCAGCAAGGCCUGUAAGGACGUAUACGCCGUCCUGGACCAGGCCGUGAGGGAGCACUUACAGGAGACCACCGCACUGAUGGGGACCGCGGAUCGACAU